CUCCUCGGGCGCGGCUCGGCGGCGCUGCGCCCGGGAGCUGCCGCCAUGGCGGUCACCGCGGAGGGCCCCCGCCGGAGGGAGCGCGUCCUCUGCCUGUUUGACGUGGAUGGGACCCUCACGCCGGCCCGCCAGAAAAUUGACCCUGAGGUGGCUGCCUUCCUGCAGAGGCUGCGAAGCAGGGUACAGAUCGGUGUGGUGGGCGGCUCCGACUACUCUAAGAUUGCUGAGCAGCUGGGCGAGGGGGAUGAAGUCGUGGAGAAGUUUGAUUAUGUGUUUGCCGAGAACGGGACGGUGCAGUAUAAGCACGGACGACUGCUCUCCAAGCAGACCAUCCAGAGCCACCUCGGCGAGGAGCUGCUGCAGGACUUGAUCAACUUCUGCCUCCACUACAUGGCCCUGCUCAGACUGCCCAAGAAGCGCGGGACCUUCAUCGAGUUCCGGAACGGCAUGCUGAACAUCUCGCCCAUCGGCCGCAGCUGCACCCUGGAGGAGCGAAUCGAGUUCUCCGAGCUGGACAAGAAGGAGAAGAUCCGGGAGAAGUUCGUGGAAGCUCUGAAAACUGAGUUUGCCGGGAAAGGGCUGAGGUUCUCCCGAGGAGGCAUGAUCAGCUUCGACGUCUUCCCUGAGGGUUGGGACAAGCGCUGCUGCCUGGACAGCCUGGACCAGGACAGCUUCGACACUAUCCACUUCUUCGGGAACGAGACCAGCCCUGGCGGGAACGACUUCGAGAUCUACGCCGACCCCCGGACCGUGGGGCACAGCGUGGUCUCGCCGCAGGACACCGUGCAGCGAUGCCGCGAGAUCUUCUUCCCGGAGACGGCCCACGAGGCGUGACAGGCCUCGCCCCGGGACUCCCAGAGCGCCGUGGCCCUGGCGCCGCGCGUGCCG